UCGGGAGAAAACCACGAGCCUUUUUUGGCAGUACCUUGCCAACGGGGGAUUUUUAUUAAUAUCGGGAGUGUGUACACGGUACAUGAUUUAGGCUUAGAAGCCAUUAAUGGUGGAGCUAGAAGCUCUUGAAGAAGAGGAAAAAUAUACUCUAAAAAUAUCUAGAAAGAGAAACUGGCAGGAGAGGAGUGAAAUUGGCCUCCUUUCACAUUGAGGGGGAGCCCUCCUUUUAUAGGAGUAGCUGGAGCAUCUACGGAGGAAUAUUCUAUUAUUCCUCCACUUUAUUAAACAUGCCUGGUUUGACUGUCCUUCGUAAAUAAUUGAGAAAUGUGGGCCGAGCCACAUAUUAUUUCCCAUCAAGAAGUCCUCCACUUUUUUAAGUUGUGGGAAUCAUCAACUUAAAAAAGUAAACAAGUCCUCCGAGUGAUAGCUUCAGCCUUCGUACUUUGGAUUCUUGGCCGGUUGAUAUUAUUGCUAGUCUUUCGAGUCUUCAUUAAUUCUUUAAUUUCUUGAAUCAGAAAUUUUUCCUGCAAAAAAUAAUAUGUACAACAUUUUUUUUUGACCGGCCUAUGCCGUGCUCAAAAAAUUAUUAUCUUUCCGAGGAGCUCAGUGUUAGGGUGGUUAAAAUUCGCGUGAAUAACUAUCGUAACAAGAGCGAUGUCAGUUCGAUAAAGCAACGAUGCUUCGAGUAGUAAUACGACACCGAAGUUAGUACGAUGAAGCGACGGUGCUUCAAGUAGUUAUUUCGUUGAGACCGAUGUUAGUACGGAUUAAGUAAACGAUACAUAGCGAAAUUAGUACAUCGAAGUAAUCGAUGUUACUUAAUACGAAUGAAGUAUGUUGCAGCAACUUUGUCGAAGAUCGAUGUUAUCCCGGCUAACUGAUGCAAAUAUCUUCAUGUCAUGUAGAGACCACUUCCGGAGUGCAUUGUUCAAAGGGCCUGAAGAAUCGGGCGUCCCCGAUAAGGGCUCAGCUGAGCCACCGGUGUACCCAAUUCGAUUGGGGUUAGACUUACGAGAAAAUAUGUGCAAGACCGGUGUGUAUAUCAUUCUUGGCCUGUCUCGCGCACAAGAAUGAUAUUUACCAGCGUGCCAGGCCGGGCCUGUGUCACAUAUUUUAAUAUUUUUUAUUAUACUGAGCAAGACCGGUGUAGUAACCAGCGUGCCAGGCCGGGCCUGUGUCUCAGUCUUCCUCUUUUUUUUUAAUACUGAGCAAGACCGGUGUUGUAACCAGCGUACCAAGCUCGGCUUGUGUCUCAGUCUUCCUUCCUUUCUUUGCAAAGUAUUGAGCAAGACCGGUAUAGUAACCAGUGUGCUAGACCCGAGUGCCUUCCGUCUACAAUUGGCCCAAGAACCAUAGCCACUUUUUCAAAUGUGAGGAGCAUUGUUUUUUUUUUAAAUGGCAGUAAUGCCCUGGGUACCGUAUCUUCAACUCAAUCACUUGGGAUUUUAUUUUGAAUCCCUUGAAAUAUAUCAUGGGUGGGCCACCUGCCCACCUCUCACAUGGGAUGCCCCACUCCUUUUCAUGAUUCAUGGCUUAAAAUGCAUGUAUUGGCAGGAAAUGUCCUCCAAUCUUCACUCUAUUUCACUUCCCACUUUAUCAAAAAGGGUGAAGAAUUUACCACAUGCAACUCUCUCCCUUGUCUCGUUCUUUUGGAUGUGAGAUUGAAUGAGCUGGAGUUCAAUUAUCCAAGGGAGGCAACAACUGUAGACAUUAGCGCCAGAGAUGGAAUUUUACAGCGGCGAUGGGGGAUGGAUCUCGGCAACUUAGCAGUGGUGACGGUAGGUUGAGAUUUGACCAAGGCGGACAUCACUAGCGGCGAUGUCAGAUUUUAUUGGAACACCUCCCGAAAUGGAGGCGGCCGUUCUUCAACCAUGGAAAGAGACCAGCGACGGUGGGAAAUUUUAGACCAUGGCGGCAACCAGCGGCCCGGCCGAGUCCGUCAUCGUAUUGUUUCCCCCAAGUCGAAAGCAGGGCAGAUUGAAAGAGGAUCCUUCUAAGCCGGCGGUGGUGAGCCUCGACCACAACUGUGGUUUAAGUAACCGCGGCGGCGAGUCUAAGAAGCGGCGGCGUCGAAUAGCUCGAUCCCCUGGAGGUCCGAUUCUCCCGACGGUGAGGACCCCCACCUCAGUGACGAGAUCCGAGAUCCGAUAGUUAUGCCGGCGGAUCGUCUAAGGGUAGGCUUAGCCCUCCGGCCUCGCAGUAGGUCCAAUAGCAAUUUCAGCAGCGGUGAAUUAUGAGCGAGAGGAGCAAUCUGAUCAGUUGCAGCAACAGUGGUGGCCAAAUCGGAGAUUGCCGCACGGAUGUGACUACUCCUUUGUCCGGCAACAGAUAUGAGCAGCGGCGACGUUGGCGACCAACUCCGGGGGCGGGGAUGCUUGGUUUUAAUGAUGGUAAUGGUUGAUUUCAGCCGCGCUCGAGAUGGAAUUGAACAAUGAUCGGAAACUUCAGCGAUGGCAAUUGAAAACAUCAGCGAGGGUUUGUGAGAAGGCGUCAGAAUGACCCGUGAAUUGAGCUUUGUCAUGUGCCUAAUCAGUGAGGGCGGAACCGGUGUUCUGCAAGGAAGCAAUUCCAACAUAGUCGAAGUAAGCCGUCGCGAAAGCAUUUUGGGUAACCACCGCGUCCUUCAUGAACUGCUUCCUAUCCCUCGGACAAGGCUGAGUCAUGGCGGGCGAGCGGCAAUUUUGAAGAGUGGUGAUGGCGGCUUCGGACAAGCUUUUGAACCAGCGACGAUGACGGUGCAUCUCGGGAGCAACAACGGGGGUCUUCAUCGGCAAGGCCAUUAAUUUUAGGCAACGACAGUUGCAAUGCCGACUGCCGGCGCGGAUGAAGCUGGGCUGCGACCAUGGAUGGCAACGACGCUCUGGUGCUACGGCGGGGACAGUGUUGGACGGCCGGUGGUUCCGGGUAAAAUCCACCAUGAGCAGCGUGGUGGACUUCCCGAGGUCUGUCGUGCGUUGGGCGAAGGGAACUCGUCUUCUCAGCUGUGGUGGUGGUGUAGUGGCCGGAAGUCAAGCUGCGGCCAAGGAUGGCGGCAGUGGCUACGGCGACCGCAACCAGGAUGUUGAACUUCUUCCCCAAUAUCUUCUCUCUUUCCUCUUUCUCUUUUUGCCUCCUUCUCGUCACUAACUCUCUUUUUUUUCUUCUUUUUUUUCCUGAGCCAUUCCCCCCUUUCCUCUUAUCCUUUGAUAAUGAAGAAACCAAGAAAUUAUGGCUUUUCGCUCAGGUCCCACGGUCGGCGCCAAAAUGAUGGUGUAAAUUAUCGACCGGUAUAUCGUUUUUAUCCCGGCUAAAAAUGAUAAACUGGUCCAAAAAAUACACCAAAAUAUAUACACAGGAAUUUUUACGUGGAAACCCAAAUCGGGAGAAAACCACGAGCCUUUUUUGGCGGUACCUUGCCAACGGGGGAUUUUUAUUAAUAUCGGGGGUGUGUACACGGUACAUGAUUUAGGCUUAGAAGCCAUUAAUGGUGGAGCUAGAAGCUCUUGAAGAAGAAGAAAAAUAUACUCUAAAAAUAUCUAGAAAGAGAAACUGGCAGGAGAGGAGUGAAAU